UGUAAUUUUACUAAAAAUGUGUAAAUACUUUGCUAUAAUAUUUUACAUAUCAAAAAAUUAUGGAUGAUAAUGAAAUUCUUGAUGAAUCUUUAAUUGAAAACUUUUCAUCAAUUAUUAACAAAAGUGAUAAUGCCAAUGAAAAGAGGGAAGCUCUUAACAGUGAAGAAGAUACUAAUAAUAAUUCUUCAUUAAAACUUUUUCUGAAAGAAAGUAAUGAAUCUGAUCACAAACAAGAUUUGAAUGAGUUUAAAAAUAUCCAACUUUUACUACAAAAAAAGAAAGAUUUAUUUAAUUCUAUUGAUCGUUCACAGACUGAAAAUGCAGAUACUUUUGUUGCUAGUGAAGACAUUUCUGACCAAUCAAUGAAAGAUGACUGUUCUAACAAUACUCAGAAUUUUACUAAAGAAUCGAGUGAACUAAGCAUCAUUGUUGAAACAACUCAAUCUGAUAAAAACAAUGAAGAAUCUGGCAAUGAUGCAACUAUGUUAAUGGAUGCAAACACUUCAGCGAUUCUUUCUGAAGAUAAAAAUAUAGAAUGCGAGUCAAAAGAUUACUACAUAUCUGAUAUUUUUUCUUUAUUGAGUAUUUGGAGUGAUGUUGAUCCUAAGCAGUUGAAAUCUUUAAAUCAUACAGCUGCUGUAAUGAAGAAUUUGCUUUGUGAACAUCUUCCUACUUUUUCUGUUAACGAGGCAAUACCAGAUAGUCUAGAGGGCCUUCUUAUUUUAUUACAAGAUUGUUUGAGUCAAUAUAAAAACACAGUUGAUUCUUUUAAAUCUAAGGUCAAAGAGCUUGAAGUAGAAUUAAAAGAAAAUAGAAGAAAUUCAGUUGAGAGAUAUAACCUGUUAAUUGAAGAACAUAAAGACAGGUAAAUUUAUAAUAAUUUUUAAAAAAUGCUUCUAAAAAAAUAUGGUAGAACCCCAAUUAUCUAAGCCCUGAUUAACCAAGGUUUCACAUUAUCCAAAGCAAAUCUGUUAGUGGAAUAUAUUACUUUUCUUAUUAUUCAAAAAAACUUUGCCUUGAAUGCACUGAGCAUGUAAAUACUGUAGUAAUUAUACUUUUUACCUCAACUGUAUUGAGGAAGAGCUAAAAAAAAUGUCAGCAUAACAGAAAGAGUUAAAAAAAGUCAGCUUGGUAUCAAGGGACUUUUUUUUUACUCUUCCUGUUCUAUGGGAACUAAGAGAACCUUUCUUCCAACCCACUUUUAGGGCAGCCAAAAGUGAAUAGGUGAGCCAAAUGGUGACCUGACAUAUUUGUGACAGACUGUCCAUGAAAAAUGAUAGGUUACUGUGAAACAUUAUAACAAAGAAGGGAGGAACUGCUAUAAAACAAAAAAUUCUAAAUGACUUUUUAAAAACACUUAAAAUGAUUAUUACAAAAUUAUUUGUUUAUUACCUUUUAUCAUUUGACUUUAAUGUGAGAUAAACCAUUCAUAUUAAAAUGUAACUAUAAUAAUACACUUCUUUAUUCUUAAAACUGUUGUAAAAGCAGUUUUAAGAAUAUAAAGAAUAAAACUAUUUGUUCUUUUAUCAUAUUACCUGUAUGAUAAAAGAUGCAAUGAUUAAAU